CUCUUGUUGGGGUCAAUGCUUUUCUCCCUGAUAUUUGCAACCACUGUCUAUAAAAUCAUGGAUAAAGCGCUCAGUAACAAUCUCAAUUUCACCUGCCAAGGAAGGAUUCGGAAAGCAAGGAUCAGAAUAGAUCAAAAGUUUUUGCCUCAUUAUUUUAUCAUUGGUUUUGGAUAUGCCACUUCAUUCACAGCAGUCAUCUUUUCUGCCCUUCUCCUUCUCUUUUCCCUCUGGAGACACAAACGCAACAUGCAGACAAACUCCAUGAAGGACCUCAGCACGGAUGCCCACAUCAAAGCCAUGAAAUCCAUUCUCUCCUUCUUCAUAAUGUACAGCAUCAACUUUAUAUCUUUGAUCCUUACUUUAAUUUAUUCAAUGAGGAAUGAAAGUGAUGUGAUAUUUUUAAUUUACUUAAUUCAGUACACUUUUUCAGGUCUUCAUUCCCUUGUUCUGAUUUUCAGUAAUCCCAAUCUGGAAAACAGACUGCUAGGGAUUCUGCCCUGUGUGAAGUGCAAGGUUUUCCACAAGAGGGAACU